GGAGAGAUCGCUGCGUUUCUCUCUCUAGAUGGCGAGGAAACGAGGGCGACCGAGGAAGAAGGCAAUGGAGAUGCAAUCAACGCCAAAAUCAAUGACUACAGUCAUAACUGAACAAUCUGCUGAUGAUGCGAGGUCGAAGCUAAAGGAAAUGAACUCGAUCCCUAAUACUCCAAUUGAGGUAUUUCGUAGAACCCUAGCUAAUACUGAAAUUCUGGAAGGGGAAGGUUCGAAUAAGACAUUGGAGACAAAGGGGAAAAAGCCCUCGUAUGCGGAAGUGGUUGAGGGCAAAGAUAAAAUAGAUUAUGAACUUACCUUUAUCCAAUCAGAGGAAAUUAAUGGACAAUGUGUUGCUAAGAUGCUGAAAGAAGAUCUGAUAGAGGAUUUAGGUAUGUGGGAUCAGGCAAUAGUGCUAUGUGUCCUAGGAGCUAAUCCUCCUUUGGAAGUAAUAGAUGGAUAUGUGCAUCGUAUAUGGAAAGGACUAAGCAUAGAGGAUGUGUGUUUUAUGAAGGAAGGACAAUAUCUAAUCUCAUUCAAACAAGCUGCAGAUAGGGAAGAAGUUCUAAAGAGAAAAUACUAUUACUUUGAUAAGAAGCCAAUGUUAGUGAAAGCAUGGAAUCCAGGAUACCAGAUUGAUGUAACAGAGCUGAAGGAUGUACCAAUAUGGGUGACAUUUCCAGGCCUGAACAUGAAAUAUUGGAGCCUAACAGGAUUGAGCAAACUUGGGAGUAUGAUUGGCAAACCUGUGAGGAGAGAUAAGGCAAUAGCCACAAGAGCAAAAUGGGGGUUUGCUAGAAUCCAAGUGGAGGUGCAGGUGCAAUAAGAUUUCCCUAAUCUUAUUCAUUUUGCUGAUGAAGAGGGCAGAGUCAUAUCCCGGUCUGUGGAAUAUGAAUGGAGGCCUACUAUAUGUGCAAGAUGCAAUAGAAUGGGUCAUACUGAGUAUUGCUGAAACAGUGCGGAAGCUUAAAUAUAAAACAUAACCAAAUCGUUUUACAUUUUUCUGGGUUCUCGCCCGAAAAGGUAUUUAUUUAAUUAAAGCAUCAUAAAUGUGGUCCACCAGUCCGUACAUCUCGUCACUCUCAUUGGCCUCCGGGAUGGGCUCCAUGAUCAGUAUUGUUACCUGCGUGUAGCAAGUAAAACAAACUACACGCUCAGCGUCAGCUGAGGAAUACGCUAAUACAACAAUUCCAAAUUGAAUAGCGAAUAGACAUACAAUUAUUCAUGAUGUGACAUAAUAUAGCAUAUAUGUUCAGGAUGAUGGUAAUGAUACGUAAUUGAUGCCAUACGUAAUCAUGAUGAUUUGCACUUGAUGAUAAUUUCAUGCUGUAUGAUUUUAACGAGCAAGGACACCCUUGCGCUAUGAGAUUCGCCCAUUUGGUACGACGAACUCACGCGGCCUUAGUCUCACAAGGAAGACUAGAAAGUAGGGGUGGCACUCGAAACCUGAAUACCAUGUACGUACACUAAGCCCGGAACGGGUGAUGUCGGACUAGUAAGUCCCGCACAUCACGCUAUA